AUGGCGGACGACAGAGCAAUGAGAGAAAGCGCGGAAUCUUCAAUAACUUCUAUUUCUGCGGACGAAGCUGCGUUAUAUGAUCGACAAAUUCGUCUCUGGGGCUUAGAUGCCCAGAAAAGGUAUGGCGAAUAGUUAAAUUUUAAUGUCAAAGAGUUAUUUAAUGUCUGUGAAUGGAAUACAAAACAAGACUAGUGUAUUAAACUCCAAAGGACCAAAGAUCGAUAACAUUUUUAUAUUUUAAUAUCAUAUUGAUAAAUAUAAAAAUGUUAUCGAUCUUUGGAGUUACACUUGUUUUGUAUUUUGUUAAAAUACUCUAAAAAUUUCUGUGAAUGGGCCUCUUCACUAUAAUUAAUAUAGUACUACCACAUUUGGUACUACACGUGCUACUGUUGUACCUCCCCUACGGAGGAAAUUGGAAGGUAACCCCAUACCUCCUUGGUAUCCAAGUACACAUACUAUUAUCAGAAACAAAUUUUCUCCACACCAACCCCCCCUUGACUGCAGAAAUUUUCUCAGUGCGUGGAAUGUAGAUCCUUUCUGGACAAGUGGGUAACUCAGUGGGUUAAACUGACUUUCAUUUUAGAGUUGACCAUUGUGACCAUGUUACACUUGGUAGAACCUUUCUAUGGUUUGAUUUUAGGCUCCGUGCAUCAAGAGUUCUUCUUGUGGGUCUAACUGGCCUUGGUGCAGAGAUUUGUAAGAACAUUGUACUAUGUGGUGUGAAGUCAUUGACACUUCUUGAUGAUGAAGUAGUAACGAUGCAAGAUUUUACUGCUCAGUUUUUAAUUCCCAGGAUGGAUCUUGGAAAAAAUGUAAGAACUGUACAUCAUAAGGGUUGUGAGAUCUCAGUUGUAAUUAGGUUACGCGCUCCAAAACGAAUCCCACAAAUAAGAUUUCAAAAUAGAAGAACCUGUAAACCCUAAUGCACUCUCCUCACAAAUUUCUCCCCUGCCCAAAAUCUGUGAAAUAUAAUUCUCCCAAUAUAACCUUGCAGGCUGUGUAAACCUCCAAAAGUUGAAAGAUAAACUCCUCCCAAUGUAACUGUCUUUCAAAAUCUUCAAGAAAAUACUUUCAUUAGACAAUUCCCAUUAUAAUAGACUAAUUUUAAAACUAUAAGGCAAGGAGAUGCAAAUAAAUCACCACAGCUAGAAAGAGCAUACAAAAUAAGUACAAUUACAAAGUUUGGUUCCGAAAUGUUGUAAAAUGCGGAAAAUAUAGCCUCGCAAAGUUCGCAAAUUUUCUAUACUUGUAUUGCGUGCGAAAAUUGCUCCCAUUUUUGGCCCAAAUGUGGUAGCAAUUUCCGCACGCAAUACCAACUUUGCAAGACUAUAUUUUCCGCAUUUUACAACAUUUCACAGCCUAGUUUUAAAAUUAGUCUAUAAUGGGAAUUGUCUAUUUGGAGAUAGAAUGGUUCUACCCAUUUGUCCACCCCUAGCCUGCGUAGCCGGCAGUUUUAAGGGUUGGGGUUGAGGCGCGGGCAACGAGCCUCCCUAAAUUUCAUUGCCCGUGCCUCAACCCUUAAAACCGCCGGCUAUGCAGGCUAUCCACCCCAGGUCUCUGUCACUGUAGGCUCUGUGAACUGAAAAUAAUGAGUUUUGAAAACAAGUAAUUUUGUGUUCAAUUGAUUGUGCAGCGUGCAGAAGCCUGUCUUGUCCGAGCACAAAGGUUGAAUCCUAUGGUGGAAAUAAAAUGUGAUACAGAGCCAGUCAUGAAGAAAUCCAGAGAAUAUUUUGAACAAUUUGAUGUUGUCAUUUUGACUGGAUGUGUUCGGGAAGUGAUGGUAAGGCAAAGCAUUGAAAAGAUUUUUUGAAAAUACAAUCUGGCGUUUGUCGAGUUGAAUAUGGCUGGUCGCAUUAAUACGUGCUCUAUAAGUUUUUGCUUUAUUUUCUGCUUUUUUCUGAUAUUUGGCGGAAAAUCUAGAAGAAAUGGAGCUGAAAUCAUACCAUGGAAUGAUGGCAGUGCUUAUUUUGUCUGCCAAACCGUUAUUGCGAGCAGAUUUGGUGGAAGUUGUCUACGUGCUGGCCAAAAUGACCGCCAUUUUGACAACUGGUUUGCUGUUUAUCAUGCUUGCAAACUUGUUCAACACGCUUCCUUGGGUUUGAUGUUGGUCGCUCUUUCCGGAGAUAUUGAAGUAAACCCUGGCUACCAUCAUGUUGAAGACCUUAAGGAUAUUAAAGGCUUAAAGAUAGCUCACCUAAAUGUGCAAAGUGUCAGGAAUAAGGUCGACUUACUUCGCCUUGAGAUAACUAAUGAUAAAGUGUUUGACAUUCUCACUUUAUCCGAAACCUGGCUGAAUGACUCUAUUUCGGACAUGGAAAUUCAAAUGCCUGGUUAUUGUGUUAUUCGUAAAGACAGAUCAGGAAAUAGGCUUGGUGGUGGCACGAUUGUUUACAUUCGUGACGGGUUGCCUUUUAGUAUUUGCAAUGACUUGAACACUGAUGAUAAUGAAUGCCUUUGGAUUCAAAUUUCUCGGCCCAAGUGCAAGCCUAUAUUUCUUUGUAGUGUUUAUAGACCACCGAACUCUGAUUUGGCGAGGUUUAUUUCCUCUAUGGAGAACAGUAUAGCAAAUAUUGGCCCCAAGAACUGUGAUAUAGUAUUGCUUGGUGAUUUUAACGUAGAUUUUACUCCGGUUAAAGGGAAAUCAAAUCCCGCGAAAAAAUUUUUGACGGAUUUUGCAAGAUCGAUGGGCCUAAACCAAUUAAUUAAAGAAGCUACUAGAGUCACUGACUCGUCACAAACAAUGAUUGACUUAAUCUUUGUAAACAAUGAGCACCGUUUUGUUGCAGAUGGAGUCAUACCCUUAACGAUUAGCGACCAUUCAUUGAUCUAUUGUAGUCUGAAAGUGGGCGCGCCAAAAGGGACCCCUAGAACAAUAGAAUAUCGUUCAUACAAAUCCUACUACCGUAUCUCCUUUGUACAAGAUUUAAAAAACAUUCCAUGGCACUUAGUCGCUGACGAAGAUGACAUUAAUGAUGCAGUCUCCACUUGGAAUGCUCUGUUUCUGGAUGUAGCAAACAACCAUGCGCCAAUUAAGAAACAACGCGUAAAUGGAAUAAAUUCACCCUGGAUGACUUCCGAAAUCAGCGAUUUAAUGCGUGAACGCGACUAUUAUCAUCGAAAGGCAAGAAAAUCAGGCUCUCCUGAUCACUGGCAAUCAUAUAAAAACUCUCGGAACCUUGUGAAUAAAGAAAUUAAAGCUAGCAAGUCAAAAUAUUACAUCAAUCUGAUCGAGGAAUGUAAAGGUGACUCCAAGAAGCUAUGGAAUGCUGUUAACGAAGCAUCUUCUAGGAAAUGUCAAUCGUCCAACCCAACUUGCAUUAUCUCGGAUGGAGUUGAAUAUACAAACAAUAAAUCGAUUGCUUCUAUUUUGAACAAACAUUUCGCUACUAUAGGUCAAUAUCUUGCCGAGAAGCUACCCGCUAUAACACCAAGUUAUGCAUCAAGUUACUAUCUAUCUAAUGGUCAACAUUUUAAUAUCCUUCCCGUUGAUGAAUCUUUCGUUAUUAAACAUCUAAAAUCUCUCAAAGCUUCGAAAGCAACUGGUUUGGACAAGAUAAAUAUAAAGCUACUUAAAGAUGCAUCAGAAAUAAUUGCUCCUUCGAUUACAAAGCUCAUAAAAUCCAUUCAAAAUCAUACAUUCCCUUCAAGUUGGAAAUGUUCGAAGGUCUUUCCUUUGUACAAAUCUGGGGACAGAGCGAACGCAACUAAUUACCGUCCAAUAUCAGUUCUACCUGCAUUGAGCAAGUUAAUGGAAAAAGCUGUUUAUACUCAACUUUAUGAUUAUUUAACAGAACAUAACAUUCUCAAUGAUAAUCAAUUUGGUUUUCGCCGAAAGUGUUCCACAACAACAGCACUCUCGAGUUUUGCUGACGAGAUUCUGGCCAGUAUGGAAAAGGGAGAAGUGUGCGGUGCCGUGUUUUUGGACCUGUCCAAGGCCUUCGACACGGUCGAUCACGCUGUUAUGCUGAAGAAAUUAUCUGCCAUUGGUGUUUCUACUGAAGAUAUAGCAUGGUUUGCUUCCUAUCUAAGUUUUCGAUCGCUUCGAACUACUUGCGGUCCUGAGCUGUCUGAACCAUUACGCUGUAACUUUGGUGUCCCACAGGGCAGUAUUCUUGGCCCUUUACUCUUUUUGAUUUAUAUCAACGAGAUACCAAGUUUCAUUAAACAUGCACAAUUAUCUCUUUACGCAGACGAUACUGUCCUGUAUUACUUUUCUAACACCUCGCAGGAUCUGGAGGAGAAACUAAAUGCCGACCUGCGUAAUGUUUGUGUUUGGCUUAAUGAGAAUAAACUAACUUUGAAUACAAAAAAGACCAAAUUCAUGAUCAUUGGGAGUAGCCGUAAACUUUCUAAUAUUGAUUCCGUCACAGUCAAGGUAGCUGGCAGUAAUAUAGAAAGAGUCGAAGAAUUCUCGUAUCUUGGAAUAAAUUUUUCAACUAAUAUGACCUGGACUGAACAUGUUAACCAACUCUGUUCAAAGAUCAGCAAACGCCUGGGGCUCCUGAAGAGAAUUAAGCAUCUGCUACCGCGAUACGCAAGACUACUUUUUUACAAGAGUCUUAUUUUACCUCUGUUUGACUACGGCGACCUGGUAUGGGGGGAUAAGAACAAUGACGUACUGAUGGGCAAUUUACAAAUUCUCCAAAACAAAGCAGCAAAAAUCAUCCUUGACUAUCACCCACUUUCUUCGUCUAGUGCUGCGCUGGAUGAGUUGGGAUGGAACAGGCUUCACCAACGUCGAUUUUAUCAUAGAUGUUUAUUCAUUUUUAAAUGUUUGAAUGGGCUAUCUAUGUCUAAGUUAAUCUUGAAAUCGCUAAGCGAACUUCAUUCCUAUAACACUAGAAAUAAGAACAAUUUAUGCUUGCCUAAAGUUAAACGAAAUUGGGGCAAGCAAAGGCUCGAGUACCAUGCAGUAAACGAUUGGAACACUCUUGACGAAGAGACUAGACAUUCAGACUCGAUUGCUAAGUUCAAAAUGAACUAUUUUAAAACUCACUAGUGCUGAAUUAUAACACUCAUAGCAUGCUGACGUAUAUAUACUCUUUGAAUUCUAUUUAGUUACUAUUUUUAUUGUUGUAGAUAGCUCACAGCUCUUAGUCUUACUUGUAAUUUAAACACUAGGCAUACUUUUAUUGAUUUUUAACGUUAACCUUAUUGUAAUGUGAUGGAUUUGGUUUUUAUGACUCAUAUUUAUAUAUGUAUAUUUUUAAAUAUAGGACCUCUCUGAAAAUCACUUUACGUGAGAGAGUUUCCUAUUUAAAUAUUGUCAUAAAUAAAUAAAUUAGUAAUGGAUCAUGUUUAGAGGGUUUUUCCAUUUGUUGUUGUUGUUGUUGUUGUUGUUGUUAUUGUUGAAUAUAAUUAACAGAAUUGUCAACUAGAUAUUUUUCUUUUGUUGAAACGAAAAAUCCCAAAGUAAAUUAUUUUCCCAUAAAUGUUUUGUGUUAGAUUCACGUGAAUACAAUCUGUCAUGAAAAGAAAAUCAAAUUUUAUGCGGGUGAUGUCUUUGGGUAUUUUGGAUACACGUUCAAUGAUUUAGUGGAACAUAAAUAUGUUGAGUAAGUGGACUUGCAUGUAUUUCUAGUGGAAAAUUUGUUACCAACCUUCAAGACUAAUUAUCCAAUUGCGUUCACGUUUAGAGAACAAAAGACGUCAAGCGGAAUAAAUCUUACAGUGAGCGAGGGUCCACCAGCAAAGAAGAAACCAAAACAAGAAGAAAUUCACACUAUUAUGGUUGAAAAGGUAAAUGUUGUUUGUGCGAAUGUGUGUCUCAUACUUUUUUACUUGUUUCUUUCUGUUUGACUCUUGUUUUUUUCUGUAAAGUUUUUAGAAUUCAACUCACUAAAAGACGCAUUAGAGACAUCGUGGGUGAAAAAUCAGAAGCCAAAAUCUUUGAAAAGGAUAUCAAAAGUUUUCUUUAUAUUUCAAGGUAAAACAAAGCAUAUACUGUACAGUCACCAGUCGCAAAAUAAUGCUGCAAAUCCUCAUGUACUUUGCUUUCCCCCUGCAAUAACAUUAAAUCAAAAAGCUUAGCUGUAAACUAAAAAGCUUUUGAAACAUGUAUCUCAAUAUAUUCUCAUAUUUCUCUUUAUUUCAGUGUUAUUAAGAUUUCAAGAAAAAUACAGACGAAAUCCAGAAGGUUCGACGUCAGAACAAGACAUAGACGAUCUUCUCAAGAUGAAGAAUGAAGUGUUUGAAUCUUUGGACAUUAGUCAAGAUCUUGUAUUAGAAGAUUUUGCCAGGUCUGUUUGUGGUAUCAAUACAUCAGGUCAUUUUAACUCUUUCCUGUACCACAGAUUUUCCACUGCACACUGAAGACCACAAUUCUAAAAAAUCAUUUCUGAAUGCUCUCCUUUGAUCUUCAGGCAUUGUAUAGGAACGCUAAGUCCAACAAGUGCGAUUUUGGGUGGGAUUCUAGCACAGGAUGUUAUCAAGGUAAAAACCAAGCAACAACAACUAGAUCAGUUCAAUUUCAGACUUGUGAUUAUUCCCGCUGUAGUAUGGUACAUAUGUGACUAGUGUAGGUAGUAUUCUUCAAUAAGCUGCUGUGGUUCGUGUCUGCAAGGACCAUUCAUGGCUUCAUUACAAAAGAAAUUGUGUGUCUGAACCAGGAAACAAAAAGGCUUCGCUCAAAACGUGUUUUAAUAUUUGUCGCGUCAUUUUUUAGGCUCUUUCAGGGAAAGACGCACCAAUCGAUAAUUUCUUUUUCUUUGAUGGUCGAACUGGUGAAGGCAUGGUGGAAUCUUUGCCAAUAAAAUAUUGACAUGAGCUGAACAUAUCCUUUUAUACAUGUAUAUAUAUAUUUACUCUUGAUUGUCAAUGUAUCAGCGUAAUCUUGUUUCCCAGAUAGACCCUGCUAACAAGAUGAAUUUUGGACAUUACAAUUUACAAUCCAAAGACAAUGGUUUGCCACCAGCUGAGCUGGCACUAGCAGUGUAA